AUGCCCAAGCGAACGCUCGACGCAUUCUUCCAACCAAGCCCAGAGAUCAGCUCAAAACGAAGCAAAGCCGAUUCACCUCCAACCAACGAAGAAACCAACGGACCACCAGGCCGACACGCAACAUACCCCUUCGACAUCCUUAAUCUACCAUCCCACAUCGAAUCCGGGCUCGUCCACGCCACACCCGCGCACCCACCGCGUGCAAUCCGCAACCAGCCCCAGCUGGACCUGCUUCAUUUCCAGCCGUAUAUCUCGCGGGCUACAGCCAAUGAGCUGUUCCGGUUUCUGCGCCGCGGGCUGCCCUUCUAUCGAGUGCGAUACUCGGCCCGGCGUGGGGAUACAGAGACUGUGAUUAAUACGCCGCGGUUCACGACUGUGUUUGGGGUGGAUGCUACGUCCAAGUUUGUGUCUGCGUCUACUGUACCGGGGACUUCCAAUCUAUCACAUACGCCGACUCCUCCUACCACUACUACCACCAGCAGCAGCAAUAGAAGCGAUGACACCAAUAAUAACGACAAAGGCACCAAACCCGCCAUCGAUACAAACAAUCUCAUUCUAGUAGACGCCACCACCAACACCCCCAUCCCACCAACAAAAUACCAGCAUGCGCCGCGCCCAAUCCCGCCAUGUCUCGACAUCCUCCGGCAGCAAGUCGAAGCCGCCGCCGGCAACACAGACAAAAACAGCUACAACUUCUGCCUGGUUAACUACUACGCCAGCGGCGACGACAGCAUCGCAUUCCACGCCGACGACGAGCGGUUCCUCGGCCGAGACCCGAGCAUUGCGUCGCUCUCGCUGGGCGGCGAGCGAGAUUUUGUCAUGAAACAUAAGCCGUUUCCUGCUGCUGCUGCUGCUACUACUACUACUACUACUACUACUACUACUGGCGCUGUUGGUGGUUCCACCAGUUCUGUGGGUGGGACGAUAGCGGCAUCGAGUUCAAUGCGGGGAGGAACGUCCAAUUCUGUGUCUGCAUUUGCAUCUCCUACCAGUCUCAAUGGCAAUGCCACGCCACAAAUCAAAAUGGGGCUCGCCUCUGGCGACAUGGUCGUCAUGCAGGGCCCGACACAAGCGCAUUGGUUACACAGCAUCCCUAAGCGCAAGAGCGCCGAGGCGGGCAAGGGGCGGAUUAACAUCACGUUUCGGAGGGCGGUGGUGCCCGGGGGCACGAAUAAUUACUACCAUUAUAAUGUCGGCGAGGGAGGAGUUUACCGGUGGGAAGAGAAAGAGAGGCGAAUGGUUCUGACUUGA